AUGAGGAAACGCAGCGGCGACCCUUCAUGGGUUCGCACAUGGCCACCACUUCUUGUGGGCUUGGCUGUUCUCCUUGUAUCUUGCAAUGUAGGAUCGGUUGCCGGUAAUCCAUAUCUGUACGAGUCACCGCCUCCACCCUCACCAUCUCCACCACCACCCUACUACUACAAAUCGCCACCUCCACCAUCACCUUACUAUUAUAAGUCUCCUCCACCACCCUCUCCAUCUCCCCCACCACCUUAUCACUACAAGUCGCCACCACCUCCAUCACCAUCCCCACCUCCUCCCUAUUACUACAAGUCCCCACCACCACCUUCUCCAUCUCCACCACCUCCUUACUACUACAAGUCGCCACCACCUCCAUCACCAUCCCCACCACCUCCUUACUACUAUAAGUCUCCACCACCACCUUCUCCAUCCCCACCACCUCCUUACUACUACAAGUCACCACCUCCUCCAUCCCCAUCCCCACCUCCUCCCUAUUACUACAAGUCCCCACCACCACCUUCUCCAUCUCCACCACCUCCUUACUAUUACAAGUCACCACCACCUCCAUCCCCAUCCCCACCUCCUCCCUAUUACUACAAGUCCCCACCACCACCUUCUCCAUCCCCACCCCCUCCCUACUACUACAAGUCCCCACCACCACCAUCCCCAUCACCACCCCCUCCUUAUUACUACAAGUCUCCUCCUCCACCUUCUCCAUCCCCACCACCUCCUUACUACUAUAAGUCUCCACCACCGCCUUCUCCCUCACCUCCCCCACCUUAUUAUUACAAAUCUCCUCCACCACCUGUUAAAUCACCUCCACCACCUUAUUAUUACAAGUCUCCACCUCCACCUUCUCCAUCUCCACCUCCACCUUACUACUACAAAUCUCCACCCCCACCUGUAAAGUCACCACCACCACCUUACUAUUACAAGUCUCCCCCACCACCUUCUCCCUCCCCACCACCACCAUACUACUACAAGUCCCCACCCCCACCUUCACCAUCUCCACCACCAUAUUACUACAAAUCUCCACCACCACCCGUGAAAUAUCCACCUUCUCCUUACUACUAUAAAUCCCCACCACCACCGGUCAAGUUGCCCCCUGCACCGUACUACUACAAAUCUCCACCUCCACCAGCUCCCUACCAUCCUCCUUACUACUACAAUUCACCCCCACCACCGAAACCGCAUCCUUACCCCCACCACCCAUUAGUUGUUAAGGUAGUCGGAAAAGUCUACUGUUACAGGUGCUACGAUUGGGCUUAUCCAAAGAAGUCCCACGACAAGAAACAUCUCAAAGGUGCGGUCGUGGAAGUGACUUGCAAGGCUGGUGACAAGGAAAUUGUUGCCUACGGGAAGACCAAGAUCAAUGGCAAAUACAGCAUUUCUGUUGAAGGUUUUGAUUAUGGGAAAUAUGGAGCCGAGGCUUGCAAGGCCAAACUCCACGUGGCUCCCAAGGGUUCACCCUGCAACAUUCCAACUAAUUGGCAUGAUGGAAAGAAGGGCGCUGGUCUCGAGGUCAAGUCCAAGACACAUUACGAGGUUGUGCUGAAAGCCAAGCCGUUUGCUUAUGCUCCCAAGAAACCCUAUAAGGAAUGUGAGAAGCCCAAGCCCAAGCCACCUCCUUAUUACUACCACUCCCCACCACCACCAACACCCACUUAUUACUACAAAUCACCACCUCCUCCGCCACCCACUUAUUUGUACAAGUCUCCUCCACCACCACCACCAGUGUACUAUUACAAGUCACCACCUCCUCCACCACCAUAUUUGUACAAAUCACCUCCUCCACCCCCACCAGUCUAUUAUUACAAAUCACCACCUCCACCACCACCUUAUUUAUACAAAUCACCUCCUCCACCAUCACCGGUCUACUAUUACAAAUCCCCACCUCCACCACCCUAUUACUACAAAUCCCCGCCACCCCCAUCACCAUCUCCUCCACCCCCAUAUUACUACAAAUCACCCCCACCACCAUCGCCNUCUCCACCACCUCCUUACUACUACAAGUCACCACCACCACCAUCACCAUCUCCUCCCCCACCAUACUACUACAAGUCCCCACCUCCACCAUCACCUUCUCCUCCACCCCCAUACCACUACAUCUCACCUCCUCCGCCAGUGAAGUCUCCACCACCUCCAACAUAUAUUUAUGCAUCUCCACCACCACCAAUUCACUAUUAGGCACACAUUUCUCUCCUCAAUCAUUUCAUUCUACAAGUAAAAUAAGGGAAGGCACUAUGACAAGGAUAUUCACCUCUCAAGCUUCUAUCGCUAGUUUACCUAAUAAAGGUCUGAAGAAUGCUAACAAGGACUAUAACUUUUACAAUUCAGGCCAAAUUGUUGCUUCUACUUUGGUGGCUAUUAUAAGAUUAGGAGUGGCCUUCCCAAGAAGUACCAUGAAGAGAGAAUGGAGUGGAAAGAAGUAUUGAGAGUGGUUUCUAGGUGUUGUUGUUUGAUCUUCAUUAGGGUAUUUUUCAUCACCAUUUGUUGUUUGUAAAGAUCACAGUUGUAUUUGUUUAAGCUCUAUAUGCAUCGGUUUUGAGCUUCUUGUGCUUCAUGCACUAAAUUAUUGGUAAUAAAAAGAAUUUUCUGUAAACAAUUCCAUGGUCCUAUUUCUUCUUGUGUAGGAGCAUGCAAAUACUAUGAUCAAUAAAUCACUUUUUCAGGAAUCA